AAUAUAAAUCUAGGGCGUAAAGAGGUAUUGCAAUUAUAUUAUUCUCCACUCUGUUUCUCAACAAAAAUGCCGCCGCCGCCUGGACCCUACUCUGGAACCAGCACCGUCGCCCUGGUGGCUCGUGUGUCAGCUUUCUCUGUGGGUCUUGUGUACGGAAACCUGAAGCUCAAAUAUCUCAAAGUACGUUGCUUGAUUGCUUAUUUUAUCUGAUUUUCCGAUUUUUUUUACGUGAUUCUCGAUUCCCUUUUCUUUGAUUGCAAUUAAAUUCAUGUACCUUUCAUCAUUUUCUAUGUGCAUCUUACUCCAUUUCAAUCUGCAUCGUCUUCGGGUUUUAGGUUCCGAAUGGAGGACUGUGAUAUUGCUCUAAUUCCCUUUCAGCUACAAAUCUUGAUCUGCUUAGUGAUUUUCCAGCUUCGAAAAUUUUGAUCUAUUAACAAACCCAAACGAGUCUCUCUGAGAAAAUUAAGGACAAAUGCUUCAAUGAAAACAGUUUAACAAGCUACGAUGUCCAGUUAUUCUGAAUGCUUAAUGGAAUAGUUGUAUGUUUGUGACUUUGUGAGACUUGAAGGUUUGAAGAUUGCCAUGAACUUACAAUUAAUAGAAUAAAUAGACAAAUGAGCUGCCCGAACUCAUUUGGGAACUAGUGAGAAUAAACCCAAUAGAGAAACAUUCUCCAAAGGAGGAAUACAUUUCUUUGCUUGUUUAGUUUCACUUCAAGAUAGCUGCAAUUAUUUUUCUGUUUGGUGAGGUAGUUGCUUGUUUAUCUAACUAAUUUUCUUCCCUUAACUAUUCUUUAUCUUUUACUAUACUAUUUUAAGGUGGAAGUAGUAGCA